CCCGUCUGACCUCUACACUGAGGUUUCAGAUUGAAUAAAACUUUAUACAAACUUUGUACAAAAAUAAAAGGAGGAUUUCAUUAAGCAAAUUAUGCUGUUUUGGACUUGCUGAUAACUUACAUAGUUAUCCUGGUGGCAGUGUGAUAGUUAAUGUCUCCGCUCUUGCUCACUCGCUGCAGUCAGCAUGAAGAAAUAUGUGCUAGAAGCGCGGGAGGGGCGAGCUAAAGCUUGCCAGAUUCAAAUCCCUAUAGCAACCACCAACGCUAUUUUUCUAUUGGCGGAUUGAAGACACAGGCGUGUCUUCAGAGGUCAAUGAUGAUGCGGCUUGAUGAUUUUGCCGAAGCUUAUUCAGCUCAACUGCGCAUGUGCUAGAUUAUUUUACACAAAUGCGCAUGAGCGUAUCGCCAAACUACAGGGCGCAUUCCAAAGGGAGGGGGGAGAGACGCAGAUAGUGCAGGAAAGAAGCAGGAAGCCGAAAUCAACAGAGCUGCUUAGUGGAUCUCUUUUCAAGGACUGGAAUUCUUGUGAGAUGUUUGUUCAUUCAGACUCAGGACACGCCGAAUCCCAACAGUGUCAAGUUCAUUCCAGGAAGAGCUGUGCUGGAUGCAAGAACUAUGGACUUCCCAAAUCCUGCUUCUGCCUAUUGCUCCCCAUUGGCUAGGCAUCUUUUCAGGAUUGAGGGAGUGAAGAGUGUUUUCCUUGGACCAGAUUUCAUCACUAUCACAAAAGAAAACGAAGAAAUGGACUGGAAUGUAAUAAAACCCGAUAUAUAUGCAACCAUUAUGGAUUUCUUCUCUCUUGGCCUGCCAGUAGUGACAGAUGAUGCCCCUCGUGUGGAUCCAGCAGCCUCGGAAGAGGAAGAUGAAGUGGUGGCCAUGAUCAAAGAACUGCUGGACACAAGGAUCAGGCCUACAGUGCAGGAAGAUGGUGGAGAUGUCCUGUACAAAGGAUUUCAGGAUGGCAUUGUCCAGCUGAAUCUGCAGGGGUCCUGUACCAGUUGCCCUAGCUCCAUCAUUACACUGAAGAGUGGCAUUCAGAACAUGCUGCAGUUCUACAUCCCAGAGGUUGAAGGAGUAGAGCAAGUAAGAUACAGUCUUGAGCUCUUGUCUAUGUCUCAUUGGUGUCACGGAUCAUUCUCACACUUUUUUCUGAUUGCCUGAAGUAUUCCCUUUCCUGUUGUUCGUGUGACUUGCAGUCAAACUUCCCACCUUCAAAAAUAGCACUGUUUUAUUUCAGAGCGUCGACCCAUUUUUCCAAGUGAAAGGUUCUCUGUGAAUCCACAGGCAACUGCAAGGUGCUAAAAUGAAUGCAGAAUUGUUCCCAUAAA